GUUUCCAUAUUCAAAAUUGUCAUUGGUAUUGGACAUCACCGAAUUCCACGCAUGGCUAAAUGAACCAAAUCACACAUUUUACUACCGAAUUCACUCAGUAAAGAUUGUGAUAUCAGACACCACUGACGAGGAACACUACUAGUCUAGUAUCCGACCCUUAGGCACACAGUGGCAUCAGCAGCAGAAAAAAUGCCGCGUCUUCGUGAUGGCUUCGAGUAUCCAAUGCCAAAAACACUCCAUGAGGGUGUCAGGGGAGGACUUUCAGUUAUGGCCGGUCCCUCACGCGACCAAGUCAUAAAAACGACACCAAUGAUGACGCCAGGACCUACUAGGUAGUUUUUGUUUUUUCUUCUUGUUGCACCUAGAUGUCUUUGCGUCUGCUUUUCCUCUAGACGUAGUACCAGCACCUGCAUCUGUAAGUAACUCCAACACACGUCUUGAAUGAAUAUUUUUGAUGCCAUUAAUCAUGAUAUCUGAUGAUACUGAUAAAUUGUGAUCCAGCGUAAUUUCCAUUUUUGAUUUUGUGAUUGAUUGAUCUUGAUGUUGAUACCUCAGACGAUGAGUUGAUUUGUGACCCACUCCUAGGUAUAACGUGAAUCAUGGAGCAGUGCAUGGCCAAAUAAAGUGUACGACGCAGUGGAGUAAGGAGGCCCCCAGGUUCAAGGAUGGAACAGGUACAGUUUCCGAUUGUCGAUUGAUGCCUUUUCAAUGAGGUAGAAUUACUAUGAUGUUGGUACUGUAACAAGAAAAGUUUGAUAGUCUAGAGAUUAUUCUUCAUGACUAUGUGUAUGUUUUUCAGCAUGGGUAUCAAGAUCAAUCAUCAACAUCAUUCUUUGCCAGGUCCAAUCCAGAAAAGCGAUUCACGAAGUUAUACGCCAUUGCAGCCAUCAACAGCGCCCAAGUGGAGUGUCCCAAAGGGAAAAGGGCACACGGUAAAAAAAGUACAUGGAGCUGCUAAUGCUACAGCUUGAGGUCGUUCUCGCAAGAUGUUUUUUAACACUGCAUGACCUUCACCUUCUGUUUAGUCCCAGAGUGAGACCCAACUAUGAUGUUUCCCUUUCACUUUCUGUUUCUUGAUCUUGAUCAACAUAAUCUAAUAAAAGGGCUCUGGAUAUUAUUGUUUAGUCUCCUAGAUAGUUUGAGUUUGCGUAAGACUAUGUGAGACUUAUGCCAUGCCAUAAAAGGGCUCUAGCUCUAGGUCUAGCUUACAUCGACUUGAAAAAUAACUUUCACUCUUGUAGAUUCCUCGGAUCCAGACCUGUGGUGCCGACGCAUUCUAUAACGUGAAGAUUAAGGGUUGCCGAAUUACAUCCCGCAUUUACCAUCCUCGGCUCUUUUCCUAGUGGAAAAGACGCCAGCAGGGGUGUUCUGAGGAAUUAUAUAAUUCCGUUAACCUCUAAGAAGAAAGACUACGUUGAUUGCGCUUUCAUAGGAAGCGAUGGCAACGGUGCACUGGUGCAAGGCGGGGUGCAGAUGUUGGGAACAGGAGUAGUAAAAAUUGCGGACCUCAAGAAGAGGGUCAAGUCAGAAGCUCGCGUGAAGAACUAUCCUGCGAAGCCUGGCCCAGGAACGUACUUAUCAUGUUCAUCAUUCAUUGUUCUUGUUUGAGUAUGUUUUUGGGAUAGAACUAGAAUCACAUAAAUAUCACUGGUGUCUUUAUUUCCAUUUCUUUCAACAUUAUACUGUUCUUCCGCGACAAAACUUUGAAGAAAAAUGACAUUUUAUGCCUGAAAAAGGAGCGGCGCUUGCCUAUGAAGUGAGGCAAAAAGUGGAGGAAGUAGUGGAAGGGGGAAAAAGCGCUUCGCUGUAUUGCGAGACUUUCUUCUAUUCAGUCCUGGUCGGUCUUGAAGUUUUGAGGAGUAGGAAGUAAUAAAUUCGGGUGGCGAAGAAGAUUUUCAUUAUAGUCGGGAACUCUCACCUCUCCGGGGCGAGCCAAAUGAAUCCUAUCCUAUCCCAAGGAGGAGGAGAUAGUUGUGGAUGAGAUGUUUUUUCGGAACGGGAGAGAUAGCGGAGUAUGAGGAGAGCAAAAAUAGUCAACACGAUUCUCGAUCAUGUUCCGCUACAACUGCAACGAAAUCGAACAUCAUCGUUGUGAAGUCUUUCCAUCCCUUUCUCUUAAUUUAAAACCUAAACUAAAACUUCGACAACAGAUAUGAAGACCAGAAGGAUGCGGUACUGGAUAGGGUUCCCAAAUGGACGCAAACCAAGAGCAAUCUAGACAAGGUUCGCUUCCCAGGCAGCUUUGUGCAGGCGAAAAAGUGGAUGCCACCACCCGGUAUCUACGAGGCCGACGAUGUAGUGAAGAAGGGUAAGAACUGCAACGGUGCGCGUCUCGAACAGCAGCUAGGACAUGCUUCUAGUUUCAGGACGGGGGCCGAUUAAGUAGUUAAUACUCGAACAAGGAGUGUCAUCAGUGUGGUACAAAUGCUUAUGUCUGUGAGCAUUUUUCCCAAUACGAAGAGUGUUGCUUUUGGUAGGAGGUGCUAGAUGAAGUACCUGCCGCUAACUACAAGAACUUGUUGGGCUUUUGUUCAUGUUCGAAUACUUGUCAAAUAAUCAAUUGGUGAGAAUGAGUAUGAGAUCAUUUUUGGUCGAUUAGUUCAUUGAUCAUAACGAUAAGACCAUAUUUGAUUGGCUACUCGUAUUACUUAUUUCAGGAGCUGCACCAUUGACGAUAGCGUCAUUGUGUGUUUCGAUUUUUUUUGGCAGAAAAAAAUUAGAAAUGUGUAUACUAAUAAAUGAACAUUUUCAAGAACAACAUAUAACGACGGAAAAAUAUCAUGCGACGAAAUCAUGCGGAAUGCACGAGAUAAAAUCCGAUUUUAUACUAUGUAUGGCGGAGCUAAGUCCUCAUUCCUUGCACAAUAUAGUCCAUAAUCUGUCAUAUUAACAAUUGUAGUAGUAGAACAGUCAUGUGAAAACUUAAACAAAAUGAUAAGAGACGAAAUUUGCAAAAGAUGAAAAUAUUCCGUUCCUCUAGAACUAGCUUGCAGUUUUUCUAGUUUUUGGUCGAGCACGAAUGAACAGGUGAUGUCACAAUCAAUUAUUCAAUGUUGUUAACGACGAGACUUUGAAGAAAGGAUGAGGAUUAUUCGUUAAGAAAUAACAAAGAUGUUGCCAGUGUGCUCAGUCAGUGGGAGUGAAUUGUAGGAUUCUUUUAUGAGGUUUAAAAUCGAUUUGUCUGAGUCUGACUCUAACCCUGUCUGAAUCCAGAUUCAAUCAUAGCAUUUAGAAUCAUUAUGCAUCAAUUAUGACUUAGUGAGAGACGAUCGACGUAAAGAGUGUAGUCUAGCAUAGAGAGCGCGCGAUCAUACUUGGGAGAG